CAACUCAUUUGAUUUUUUUAAAAAAUUGGAUGAUAUUUAAAACUACGCCAGAGGUAACGCUGUUUGGAGUGGAUUCCUUUAAAGGAGUAAUGUCUGGUAGUUCUUCGAUUGCUCCUUGCAGUUCCAUCAAACAAACUACUCCAGAUACGUCCCGUCAGUUCAAGGUGAUGGACUACGUUUAUGAUGAUGACCUGGAUGAACUGUGUCCAGUCUGUGGAGAUAAAGUGUCCGGUUAUCAUUACGGUCUGCUGACCUGUGAGAGUUGCAAGGGAUUUUUCAAAAGAACUGUUCAGAAUAGCAAGCGCUACACUUGCACCGAGAAUCAGAAUUGCAAAAUAGAUAAAACUCAGAGGAAGAGAUGUCCGUACUGCCGAUUUCAGAAAUGCCUGACCGUGGGAAUGAGAUUGGAAGCUGUCCGUGCAGACAGAAUGAGAGGAGGAAGAAACAAAUUUGGGCCAAUGUACAAGCGUGACCGAGCUUUAAAACAGCAAAAGAAAGCCUUGAUACGAGCAAAUGGCUUUAAGCUAGAGACUGUGCCUCAAACAGUGUCAUCUGGGCAAAGUGACUAUUCACUCCCAACUGCCAUACAUAAUAUACAUUCUUUAUCCAAAGGCAUGCCGCCAAACCCAGCUGCUUUACCAGCCACAGAUUAUGACAGAAACCUUUAUGGAGCGCCACCAGUCGGCAUGUCCGUGCCAAACCAUGGAGUACUGCCAAACUAUCAGUACACAUCGUUUCAUAACCGAACAAUCAAGUCUGAGUACCCAGACCACUACGCAAGUUCACCAGAAUCUCUGGUUGGUUACCCCUAUCCAGACACCUAUCAAUCCAAUUCUCCUCCUUCAGUCCCACAGCUGAUUCUAGAGCUCUUACGGUGUGAACCUGAUGAACUUCAAGUCCAAACUAAGAUUUUGACGUAUCUACAACAGGAACAGGCCAAUAGGGGAAAACAUGAAAAACUUAGCACCUUUGGUCUCAUGUGCAAAAUGGCUGACCAGACCCUCUUUUCCAUAGUUGAAUGGGCACGCAGUUGUAUAUUCUUCAGAGAACUUAAGGUGGAUGAUCAAAUGAAACUACUGCAGAACUGCUGGAGUGAGUUGUUGGUACUGGACCAUAUCUGCAGACAGGUACACCAUGGGAAGGAAAACAGUCUUCUUCUGGUGACAGGCCAAGAGGUUGAGUUGUCCACAAUUGCCAACCAAGCUGGAGCAACUCUCAUUAACUUGGUAUUGAGAGCUCAGGAACUGGCAGCUAAACUGCAGUCUUUACAGGUCGACAGAAGGGAUAUUGUCUGCUUUAAGUUUCUCCUCUUAUUUAGUCCUGAUGUCAAGGUUUUAGAGAACAGACAUCUGAUUGAAAGUGUUCAAGAACAGGUCCAUGCUGCCCUCUUGGACUACACCAUGUGCAACUACCCACAGCAUGGGGACAAGUUUGGACAGCUGUUGCUGAGGUUACCUGAAAUCCGUGCAAUAAGUAUGCAGGCUGAGGAAUACCUGUACUACAAACACCUGAGUGGGGAGGUGCCAUGCAACAACUUACUGAUUGAGAUGCUUCAUGCCAAGAGAGCUUAAGGCCUUGAACUAUGAACUAUAUAACAGCCACAAUUUUCCAAAGGAAGGUUGUUGAUUCUUACAUAUAAAUAUAUAUAUAUAUACAUAUUAUAUUCCCUUUAUAUUACAGAAAUAAUGUAAUUAGAAAGUAAACAAAUGAUUUUUAAAUAUACAGAAGCUACAUAAUCUUGGAAUACAUGCAUAAAUAGUAUGUACAAAUUUUUUUCUUUUUUUUCCCCCUUUUCACGGUAAGAAUUUUGACUUUACCUUAAAACAGGUUGUUUCUUAUAACCACAGCCCAGUCAUUAUUAGAGUCGCUUGUAACCUUUAGUGUUUACUACAUCAAUGAAAACUGAAAACCAGCAAAAGAAUGGCAUCUGCAUUUUAUAAAAGCUGUACAACAUGGCAACUUUUUGAACUGAGGUUACAUGAAGCAUACACAUUAAUUAAGACCUAAUGUAAGGGACUAUAAUUUCCACUUGUUUCUCUGGAAACAAUGAUGCACAUUAUAAAACAACAACUUCUUAAAAAAUUCAAAUUAUUAUAAAAAUGAAUGUAAAAUAAUAUGCAAAAUUGGAGUCAGCACAGUGAUACUUUUAGAGCCCUCAGCGACUGAAAGCUGAGAAUAUCAGGCUAAGAGCCACUGUGUCUUUACGAUAAAUCAUUUGAGUUUGCUUUAUACACAUCUGCAAGAAAACUGUGCACACUUGUAUUUUAAUAUUUGAAAGCUGAAUGCACUUGUAUUUUUUUCAAAGAGUUGCAAACAGUCAAGAGUAUUGUAUUUGUUAUUUUUAUGUCUCAAGUGUGUUUUUCUGAGAGAUAUAGUAAAUUGUGGAAAAUGAGAAAAUGACAGUUAAAAAUGUUUUAUGGGAAUUAAUAUUUAAUUAGUACACAACUGCUAAUAUUGUCAAUUUUAACAUAUUCUUUGCAUAAUAGUUAUACUGUAUUAACAGUAUUCUUGUAUUGUGUUUUCUUGCAUGUGUUCCCUCUUUUCCUUGCAGUGAAAUAAACUGAUCAGAUUUGUACACCAGUGGUGUUCCUACUUAUAACUCCUUAAGUGCCAAAUAAAAUUUAAAGUUAUCCAACUCAACAGAUAAAAGAGGUUUU